AUGUCGCUCGGACACCACCAUUCCUGGCUGCCACCCGACCAUCUACGUCCCCCUGAUGACCAUCUUGACGGGCGGUCGAUCAAUGGCUAUUCGAAAUCUCUUUCCGGCCCGCGGACCCCCCAAAUGCGCGCCUCCGUCGACGCCGAGGGAGCCCACGCGGCGAUUUUGAUAUCGGAGGCUGAUACUGCGGCCGAGGAGGACCCACGCAUUGCCACGUUUCGCGACCUGUAUAAACGCAGCGAGGCGAAAAUAAACGACCUGUUUACCAACCAGAGAGCCCUCGAGGACCUCGCCCGGCCAGCACUUCCAAAUCAAAAGAUGCCUGAGGCCGAAAUCCAACGCGCCGAUGGACCGCUUCCUCCCCCGGCUCCCGCCAAGAAACCCGCCAGGAAGCUGGAUGAUGAUGACUACGAUGAUUACGAUGAAGAUGAUGAUGACGAGGAUGCCGAUGCCGUAUCUCUCCCCAAAUCCAAGCCUCUGGUGCCUUCGCAGGACCCCAGUGGGAUGCCGUCCCCGAGUCACCAUCCGAGCGGCUCGACUCCCACUGGGGCCGAUUCUUCCAAGGAGACGAAGAAAGAGACGCUCGAAGAUAUCCGGAAGAAGCUAGAGGAGGACAAGAAGGCUACCGAAGAUGCCGCCAAGCGAAGCUUUCAUACUCUCUUCUAUACACUGGAGAACGAUAGAGAUGCCAUGCUGGAUCAGCAGCGACUAGAAGAGUCGGAGCGACAGGUUGAGGCCGAAAUGUCGGGCCAGACCAACGCCGGCAAUACCUCGAACGCUAGCUCGAACGGAUAUGGCUCGUUGAGCAGUGCGAACCUGGGAGCUUCUAGCUUGACGUUGAAGAACCUGAUCGCAAGAAUUGACAUGAAACGGACCAUGGUGCAAGCUUCGGACGCGGAGCUGCGCAGCCUGAUGAGCGAGGUCCGUAAGAACAGGAGCAAAUGGGCCAGUGAGGACAAGAUCGGCCAGGAGGAGCUCUACGAAGCCGCGGAGAAAGUUCUUAGUGAGUUGAAAGCGAUGACAGAACAUUCGUCGGCUUUCUUGACUCGGGUUAACAAACGCGAUGCGCCGGACUAUUAUACAAUCAUCAAAUACCCCAUGGAUCUGGGGACAAUGACGAAAAAGCUGAAAGCGCUGCAAUACAAGUCAAAGCAAGAUUUCGUUGACGACGUCAACUUGAUCUGGUCCAACUGUUUUAAGUACAACACAAACCCAGACCACUUUCUGCGCAAACAUGCUCUGUAUAUGAAAAAGGAGACAGAAAAGCUGGUGCCUCUGAUUCCAGAUAUAGUGAUCAGGGAUCGUGCCGAAGUAGAGGCCGAAGAGCGCAGACUUCAACUGGCGGAGCUGGACGGCGCAGAGGAAAGCGACGACGAGCCGAUCAUGUCGUCACGGGGUAGGAAAGCUCCCGGUAAAUCAUCAUCGAAGAAAGGCGCUGCUCCGGCCCGGAAUACCCCCAGCGGGUCAGAGCCUCCAGCUGGGUCGUCCUCGCAACCCCCGCCUCUUGUCCGUUCGGACUCCGAUGUUCCCAUGGAAGGGGCUCAGAAUGGAUUCACAACGCCUCCCCCUGGAACGCAAACACCGUCAGAUCCUGCUGGUGUCGGGACGGGUGUACCAGGGAGCCAAGGUGACGCCAUGGAUAUCGACGGCUUGGCGCCUACGAGCAGUGCACCUAGCGCCCUCCCUGCAUCGGGGGUUGAAAUCGAGGACCCAGAGUACAAAGUCUGGAAGCAGGUAACGAAAAAGGAUCGAGCGGUGAUCGCAGCAGAACGGCAUCGUCUCUUCAAAGGUGACAAGUUGAACUCGGACGAGCCGGCCCUACUUCGGACGAAGGCUGGUAUGAGACGGUGGUUAAGGAAUCACAAACAAGUCAGUGCGGAAGGUGAUAAGGCUCAUGAAUUAAGUUCGCAAGGCAUUGAAUCGAAUGCGGCUGGUGAGAGUCUGGCGGAAGGCAUCGAAGUGGAUGAGGACCGCGUGAUUCCGGAUUAUUACGAUGUCAUGUCUGGUGUCCCUGAUCUCCCCGGACGGUUGUUGUGGAAAGAAGACGCCGAUGGCAAUAUCGUUGACCCGUCGGAAGAAUUCCUAAGGAUCUUACCCAAAAACUCAUUUGUCCAGCCGGAUAGUAAGCUUUCUCGGAAGAUGGAUGCAAACAUGCGCCAAAUGCAGGAAACCCGAAAGAUAUGCUCGAAAGUUGGCAUUGUGAAGCAGAUGCAGUUGCAGUCUCAGAUGUAUCAAAACCAGUUCCAGAAGUACCAGCCUGAACCCUUUGUCGAGCACGACAUUCCUCCGCAUGUGAUGAAUGAUGAUGGGCCUGUGAUUGCGACCUGGGCUUGCAAGGCGGCCUUGCAGCGCUCGGUUGCGAAAAUCUUCUACCAUACUGGGUUCGAGGAAUACCAGCCGUCGUCUCUUGAUGCAGUCACCGACGUUGCCUCAGACUUUUUCCAGAAGCUUUGCGAGACGUUGAAAUCCUACAUGGAAACUCCCAAAGUGCCUGCGACUGAUUUGACUGAGAACACAUUGAAUGCCCAGUGGAAGCGGGCUUAUACGGAGCCGGAAAUCGUGCUCCAUACACUCUCCUCCGUUGGAAUUGAUAUCGAAGCACUUGAGUCGUAUAUCAAAGACGACGUGGAACGACUUGGGUCGAAGCUUUCCACGGCCCAUGACCGGCUGAAGUCGUUGCUGUCCGAGCUUCUGCGGCCUGCUCUUGUGGAUGGCGGCGAAGAUGGGUCCAACGCCUUUAAUGAUGGAAGUGAGCAGUUCAUCGGUGGUGACUUCGCGGAGGACAUUGACGAGGACUUCUUUGGCUUCAAGGAGUUGGGCUUGGACAAGGAGUUUGGCCUUGCGACCCUCAGCGUCCCGCUUCAUCUCCUUCAGAACAGGAUGUACAACGCCGCCCAAGCACAGAACACAAGCGCUGCACAAGCCGUGACGCUCUUCCCGCCGCCUCCGACUUACCCGCGUAUCACCUUGGAUACCUUGUCUUCGCAGAUCGGCCUGGUCAAAGGGUUCUUCACUGCCAAAUUGCAAGCGAACAACAGUGAGCCUUUGACUGAGGAUCUUGAGCUACCGCCGAAGCAGAGGCCUAUGGCUGCCCGCCCUCGGCUGCCAGCCUCCGGCAAGAUUCCGCCUCUUUCAGGCCAGUCAGGGCCGACGACUAGCCCUCAGAAGCGGCCACUUCCACCAACGACAACUGGACCCGUUGGGGCCCCUAAACUCGCAACGGGGGAGCCUAGCAAGAAAAAGGCAAAGAAGAACAGCGGUGGAGCUGUGGGUGUACCGGGAUCAACAGUGGAAGGGGAUGAAGCCCCUACCAAUGCCGAUGGAGCGAAACUCCCCAACUCGACCUUGAUGAAUCUCAAAAAUAAGGAUUCGGGCCCGGAUGAGGCUUCCACCACCGCAACUACGGAUCUCGGUAAUGGCAAGGGUGGCUUGGACGCCGAGGGUGCAGGUGCAAACUCCCAUCCUACCGGCACUUCCAACCUUGACCUGGAUAAGAAUAACGACAGCACUGUGCCUCUGACGAAUGGCACUGUCGGUGAUGCGUCAUGA